AUGAUCCCAAUAAGCUCCGCUAAGUUAAAUAGCAAACUGGCCACCAGAUCCCUCCUAAAUGAAGGACGUUCCAACAAGAAGUCUUGCGUCUGUCUUUUGGUUGGAAUGGCACUUGGAGUUUGCCUGGCCGGACUCAUCUUUUACUCGUCGGUUCCCAAUGUUGACUACAGGAAUAAAUCGAAGAAUAUAAUGAAAGUUAUUGGAUUGGAAAGGCCACAAAGUGUAAGCGAUAUCUACACAACUAAUUCGAUAAGUCUGGCCAAAGAGUUGAAAUAUAGCGAGAAUAAGAAGUCCUACUUCCAGGAGUACUUUGAUUGGUAG